UCGACUCUCUCCUCCUCCCUUCUUUCCACUGACAGAUUUUCCUCCUCAUUUUUGAGCUGCCCGUGCUUUUUCCCCUUCCACCACUUGUCCUUUCACACCUUCUCCUCGCCGCAGGCUGCGUGAACAGACCGUUUUCUGCUUCUUUCUUUGCUUUUCUGCUGCGCCGGUACAUCAGCCUGUGCUGUCUCUUCUUUUUUUCCCCCUCCUACUCCUCCUCCUGCCGGUGGAAGCCCAGUUUUUUCUCCCUGCCGGGCUUUAGGGAACCAUGACCACCGCCAAGGAGGGCAGCGCGCCGUCAAAGGCGGCUCCGCAGCAGGACCAGGAGCUGGUGGGCAGUAACCCUCCGCAGAGGAACUGGAAGGGAAUAGCGAUCGCCCUCCUUGUCAUUCUGGUCAUCUGCUCGCUGAUCGUCACCUCCGUCAUCCUGUUGACACCAGGUGAGGACGACCGUCUGGCUCUGAAGGGCAAAGUGACAGUUGGGGAUCUCUUCAGGAAAGACUUCAAGGUUCAUGACCCAAAUGCUAAAUGGAUAAGUGGUAACGAACUGUUAUACCGAAACCGGGACGGUGAUGUCAUCAAGUUCAACGUUGACACUAAUGAGCAGACCAUCUUGGUGCAUAACAAGAAAUUUGAAAUGUACAAAGCCAGCAAGUACGAGGUGUCGCCUGACUUGAAGCAUGUGCUGCUGGCCUACAACGUUGCACCGGUGUACCAGCAUUCCUACACGGCCUUCUACAUCAUCUGCAGUCUGGAAACUCCGGAGACGUGGAACCUGAACCCUCCGGAGGUGCGAAACGCUCAGCUGCAGUACGCGGGCUGGGGGCCCCAGGAUCAGCAACUGAUCUUCAUUUUUGAGAACAACAUCUACUAUCGGUCGAAAGUGGAGAGCCGCUCCAUUCGUCUGGUGUCAACCGGGAAAGAAGGCGUCAUCUUCAACGGGCUCAGCGAUUGGCUGUAUGAAGAGGAGAUUUUCCACUCCCACAUGGCCCAUUGGUGGUCUCCGGAUGGCGCCAGGCUCGCAUAUGCCACCAUCAAUGACACCCUGGUGCCCAAGAUGGAGCUUCCCAUGUUCACAGGGACACCGUACCCGAUAGGGAAAGAAUAUCAUUAUCCUAAGGCUGGUGAGGAGAACCCAGUCAUCACUCUGUACGUUGUGAACCUGAACGGACCUCUGCACACCAUCGAGAUGAGGAGACCUGAUGAUCCCAGGAUUGGUGAGUACUACGUGACCAUGGUGAAGUGGGCCACCACCACCAAGCUGGCCAUCAACUGGCUGAACCGAGCGCAGAACAUCUCCGUGCUCACGCUGUGCGAGGCCACGACGGGAGUCUGUACCAAGAAACACGAGGACGAGAGCGAAGGGUGGCUUUACAGGCAGAACGAGGAGCCCCUGUUCUCCAAAGACGGCCACAAGCUUUUCUUCACCCGAGCCAUUCCCCAAGGAGGCCGGGGCAAGUUCUUCCACAUCUCCAUGUCCAUAUCCCAGCCCAACACCAGCACGGACACACUACAGUCCAUCACGUCCGGAGACUGGGACGUCACUCAAGUCCUGGCCUACCACGAGGACAGCCAUCUGAUAUACUUCUUGAGUACUGAGGACGGCCCCAAGCGAAGGCAUCUGUACAGCGCUGACACAUUUGGAUCAUUCAACCGGCGCUGCCUGUCGUGCGGCCUGUCUGACAGCUGCGGCUACAUCAGCGGCUCCUUCAGCCACAACAUGAGCUACUUCCUGCUGAGCUGUCAAGGGCCAGACAUUCCCUUCGUGGCCAUUUACAAGACGCAAAGAGAUGCAGAAAGUGAGACUCAAGACAGAGAAAAUAUUUCUGAAGUGUACAAACUGGAGAGCAGUGAGAACCUGAGGCAGACGCUGGACUCCAUGCAGAUGCCCACGGUGGAGUACAAGGAGAUCAACAUGGACGAUUACAGCUUGUCCAUGCAGAUCCUGAAACCUGCCGGCUUCAUGGACACGGCGCACUAUCCCCUGCUCCUGCUCAUUGGUGGGACCCCCGGGGGGCAGACGGUUUCAGAGCAGUUCUUCAUGGACUGGGCCACGGUCCUGGUGAGCAGCUUCGGCGCCAUCGUGGUGCGCUGCGACGGGCGAGGAAGCGGCUUCCAGGGAACCAACCUGCUGCACCGGAUCCAGAAGAAGCUGGGCGUGUUCGAAGAGCAGGACCAGAAGGACGCGCUCAAUUUUAUUCUGAAAGAGCCAUAUGUGGACAAAACCCGAGUUGGAGCGUUUGGACAGGUAUACGGGGGCUACGUGACCAGCCUGCUGGUCAGCGGCGAGGAGUCUCCCGUAAAGUGUGGAGCCGUGCUCUCCCCCAUCACUGACUUUGAAUUAUACGCCUCGGCUUUUUCGGAGAGAUAUCUGGGGCUGCCCAAAGGUGGUCCGAGGACGUACACGGUGGCAAAUUUAGCUCACAGAGCGUCCCAGUUCAUGGAUAAGAAGUUCCUCAUCAUCCACCCGACAGCUGACGAGAAAGUUCAUUUCCAGCACACGGCGAAAUUCAUCUCCCAGCUCAUCAGUGAAAAGGCCAACUACACUUUACAGAUCUACCCAGACGAAGGCCACUACAUCCACAGCGAGGCCACACGGCAGCACCUCAGCCAGUCGCUGGUCAACUUCUUCGAGGAAUGUUUCAGGCUACCAGAGCGAGUGUUUGAGGAGGCUCUGGAAGAGGAGCUGGAAGAUGAGGGUUAAAUGGAUCUGGAAGGGCUCCCGAGUCCCACAUCCUCCCCUCCCACCCGGUCAUCUUCCCGCCGUCCCUCCGUCCCUC